AUGAAAUAUCUUCAUGCUUUAGCAUUGAUCAUAUGUGUUAUAAAGUUAAACCAGUGUCUACCUUAUGAUUCGUCUGUUAUUUCUAAAUAUUCCAAAGUUGCGUUAUGGGGCAAUAAUAGCACCGACUCUUCAGAAGCAAGAGAUACUGAAAGUAAAAACACAUGGAAUCAUAGGUUAAAUCCAAAAUCUAUCUCCAUGAAUACGAAAAACACACCAUCAGUAGCAUAUCAAUAUCCUGUUUAUCAAAAACCUGAAGAAAAAAUUGACCAGCACAUUGAACAUGUCGAUGGCAUUGGAGAAGUAAUCGUGAAGCAAGCUCAAGAUCGAUUUGAGGCUCGUCCCUUAUUUGCAUAUAGAAAUAAGCUUUCUGAUGUUUACGGCACACCAUCAGCGAGCAAAAAACCUGUUGUACCAGCACCCGGAGCGGCUCCGACAACGGCACCGCUUUCAUUAUCAGCUCCCUCUCUAAGUGAUCCUUAUAAUUCGCCGUAUACAUCUUACAAUCCUCCAAAGUUCAACCAAGAUAAUUCGGAUACUAUUUCAAAUUUAUAUGCACCUAAUGAACCUAACAAAGGCGAUUCAAUAAAUUCACCUACUUCUGAUACUGGAACAAAAGAUUUAGGUCCUUCGACUGAAACCGUAAAAACCAUUCCAGAUUCAUAUGCCUCAUUGGGGCCGCCUUUGGCCCCGUCUAAGCCAGCAAACCAAAUUGAUUACAGUAAUCACGAUUAUCAUGAUCAUGACAGUUAUGAACAUCAUGGUUAUCAAGAUCAUUACCCUCCACAAGAUUCAAUGGCAAUGUACAAGUAUAAUAAUGAAGCUCCUGAUCAUCCUCCGAAAAGUCUUGAUGAUGUUUAUUAUCCAUCCGAUUUUCCUAAAGAUCAAAUUCCUGGCCAAGGUAUGAUGAAUCCUGAUAUGGGUCCAGAUGCGCAACACCAAGGGGAUGAAUCCGAUGAUGCUUCAAUGGUGCCGCAAGGGGAUCAGAUGAUUCCUCAGGGCGAUCAAAUAAUAAAGCCUGAUAUGAUGGACCAAGGAAAAUCCAAUGAUGAUUCGCCCUCUCAUGAUUAUGGUGAUUAUAAGUUUCCAAAAUACUUAUACGAUCAUGAUCUUAAUCAUCAUCAUGUCUACGAAGAAAUUCCUCAUCCAACAAUGGCACCAGCUAAAGAAGAUAAGCGUGUGAGCAGUACUCAUUACAGUUACUAUUAUUUGGGACGUAAAUUAUGGUAUAUACCUCUUUACUUUAGUGUUUAUUUUAUCAUUUACGUAACUGUGCUUAUUCUUAAAUCAAUUGCAAGACAUAAGGUUAGGCUAAAGUACAAGUGGUACGAACACGAUACCAGCGCGAAGCAAGCCAGGAGUAUGGAUUUAAUAAGUUCGAGACUCGAGGAAACAACUAAUCUUCAUCAUAAUGUUUUAACUGCUAUUCAAAAUGUAACUGAUAAAUAUAAAGGCUUGGCCAUGUAA